AUGCCUUAUUCAAGUCUCUUUCGUUCGGAAGAGAUGUCACUCAUUCAACUCUAUAUUCCGUCAGAAACUGCUCAGCCAACAGUGGCGGAAUUAGGAGAGCUUGGUCUCAUACAAUUUCGAGAUUUGAAUCCCGAUGUAAACGCUUUUCAAAGAGCUUUUGUAAAUGAAAUUAGACGUUUUGAUGAAAUAGAAAGACGACUUCGAUAUUUUAAUGCACAAAUUGCAAAAACUGAUAUUCCUAUUCGUCCUUUGACUGGUGAUAUAUAUGAAGCUCGUGCAAGGAAUGCUCAAGAACUUGAUGAACUUGAAGAGACAGUUAAUCAACAUGAACAACGUAUCAUACAAAUGAAUAGCUCAUAUGAAACUUUACAAAAAAGAUACCUAGAACUGACUGAGGCUAGACAUGUAUUACAAGAGACAGCAGUAUUUUUUGAAGAAGCAGAAAAUCGUCAAGACAUACGACAAUCAUUAGAUGAACCUACAACACCGUUGUUAGACCAUCCUGAUGUUGAACAGGGUGACUUUUUAGGGUUUAAUCAUGUGAAUCUUAGGUUUGUAACAGGCGUUAUAUUAAGAUCCAAAAUGCAAAUAUUUGAACGAAUUCUUUGGCGUGCAUUACGUGGCAAUUUUUAUAUAAAUCAUGCAGAAAUUGAUGAACUAAUUACUGAUCCAGAAACAGAUGAGAUUUUAGAAAAAAAUGUUUUUAUCAUCUUUUCUCAUGGUCAACAAAUAAUAAAUAAAAUCAAAAAAAUUUCUGAAUCAUUGGGAGCUACACUUUAUCCUGUAGAUAAUAGUCCUGAUCAAAGACGUCAAAAUAUAUUAGAAAUUACUACAAGCAUUGAGGAUCUGAAUUCUGUUCUACAAAGUACAAAUAAUGCUCGUAGAACUGAAUUAUUAAAAGUCGCAGAAAAUUUAUCAACUUGGUUUACUAUUGUUAAAAAAGAAAAGGCAAUUUAUCAUGCAAUGAAUUUAUUUAAUUAUGAUGGCACUAGAAAAUGUUUGAUUGCCGAAGGAUGGUGUCCAACCAAUGAUAUUGAUCAAAUCUAUAAUGCCUUGAGAACUGCAACUCCACCUACCUUCCAUCAUGUUAAUAAGUUUACUGCAGGAUUUCAAGAAAUUGUCGAUGCCUAUGGCAUUGCAAAAUAUCGUGAAGUCAACCCUGGAUUAUUCACCAUAAUCACCUUUCCAUUCUUAUUUGCUGUAAUGUUUGGUCGUUACAUCAUUCUUUUAAUGGGUCUGUUUUCAAUGUAUACUGGAUUAAUGUACAAUGAUAUAUUUUCAUUAUCAUUAAAAUUGGCAAAACCUGGAUUUGAAUGGAUCAAAAAUGACACGGAUGGAAGCUACAAAGUGAUACAGACAGGAGUUUAUCCAUUUGGUGUUGAUCCAAGUUGGCAUGGUGCAGACAAUUAUUUGUUAUUUACUAAUUCAUAUAAAAUGAAAAUGUCAAUAAUUUUAGGUGUAAUUCAUAUGAGUUUUGGAAUAGUUCUUACCGUCUACAAUUAUACAUAUUUUAAAAAAACCUUGAGUAUUUGGACAGAAUUUUUGCCACAAAUGUUAUUUAUGCAAUCAAUUUUUGGAUAUCUUGUGUUUGCCAUUAUUUACAAAUGGACAAUUAAUUGGUGGGAAACUGAUGAAUCAGGUCAAACUAUAAGAAAUAGCCCACCAGGUUUAUUGAAUAUGUUGAUAUAUAUGUUUUUACAACCUGGUAAAGUUGCAGCUAAAGAUCAACUAUAUCCUGGUCAAGAUAAAGUUCAAUUUAUCCUAUUAAUAAUCGCAUUAAUUUGCGUGCCUUGGAUGCUAUUAACAAAGCCUCUUAUAAUGAGACAUGAUCAUAAGAAAAUUAGAGCGCAAGGCUAUCAUAAUCCACAAACUGAUGCAACACGUGUAUCAACUGAUGAAAAUAAUGAGUAUGGUGGCACUGUGGUGACAGAGGAGAUGCGUGAAGAGGAAGAGUUUGAUUUUGGUGAAAUUAUGAUUCAUCAAGUUAUACAUACUAUAGAAUUUUGCCUUGGUUGUAUUUCUAAUACCGCAAGUUAUUUACGAUUAUGGGCUUUAAGUUUAGCGCAUGCUCAAUUAUCAUCUGUACUAUGGGAUAUGACAUUAAAAUCUGCUUUAAAUUACCAAGGUGUAUUUGGAGUAAUUUUAAUUACUGUAGCUUCACUUUUUUGGUUUACUUUAACAGUUGGUAUAUUAAUAUUCAUGGAAGGAUUAUCUGCAUUUUUACAUGCUUUACGUUUACAUUGGGUUGAAUUUAAUAACAAGUUUUACGAGGGUACUGGUAGAAAAUUCGAACCAUUUGGUUUUAAGAGAAUUUUAAAAGAGCAGGAUUAA